AGCUGGUUGCCCUUUUGCUUUUCAAAAUAAGUAAUCCGCCAUCGUUUUGGAAUGAGCAAGCGGCAUUGAAUUUGAAUGCUUCAAAGCUCAGGCAGCUGAGUAACAAUGGAAUCAGAAACGGGGUCGUCGACGGAUGAACAGCAACCGUCUGGUUCUGCAGCUGAUACCAGAGGCAAGCAUCGGAUUCUAGCUGAACUUAAACGUGUCGAACAAGAAUCCAGGUUCCUCGAUGAUGAGAUGGAAGAGCUUGAGAGAACUGACAACGUUUCAACAUUGUCCGAGGGGUUGCUGCUUAGCAUGGAGUCAAGACCAGAUCCUCUACUCCCAGUAACAAAUGGUCAUAUAAAUUCAUCAUGGGAUAGAUGGUUUGAAGCGCCCCAAGACUCCAAAGGUUGCACAUGCCAAAUUCUAUGAUUUGAGGCAAUCUAACAUUUGUUGCCAAAACAUGUUAAAAUCUUACAGUUUGUUUGUUAUAUUAACAGAUGUUUCAAUUCUCUUUCAACAGUGUGUAACACCCAAAAUUUUGGGUGGCUCGAAUAAAAUGUAUAAUUUACUUUUUCCUAUUCAGAUGAAAUUUGUAUAUCCGAUACAUAUACUGCAGAUAUGAGCUUUAAAACGGAUCGUUCUUGUCGUCA